AGGAAUGCUGAUUAAUCUAAUUAUUUUUUAAUGACUAACUUAAACAUAAAUAUGUUCUUGCAAAAGAGUUGUGAAAUUCAACUCUGAACAAAAAUAUUAAAAAUGUAAUCAAGAAAUUACAUCAUCACUAGGUAAACAAAUAUAAAUCAUCUUCUUCUGUAUGUUUAAUUUGCAGGGCAGAGAAACACAAAUGAUAUGGAGAGUCAACAUUUAUCGAUGCUAUACGCAGCCGCAACGAAAGGCUGUAUACAAACCUUAAACUCCUUAAUCCAAACAGAUCAACUGAUUCUUCAUAAAAUCUCACUUUCGUCUUUUGCAGAAACUCCGCUGCACGUAUCGUCUCUACUCGGGCAUCUCGAUUUCACCUUAGCUAUUCUUGAAAAAUGUCCGGGAAUGGCUGCGAAGCUCGAUUCUCUGCAACGCUAUCCUCUUCACUUAGCUUCUGCAGAGGGUAAUACUGAUAUAGUUAAAGCUUUGUUGUCCGUAAACAAAAAUGUAUGUUUGAGUUGUGAUGAAGAAGGAAGAAUGCCUCUGCACUUGGCUGCCAUGAGAGGCAGUCUUGAAGCUAUACGAGAAUUGGUUAGGUCUUGUCCUGAGUCGAUUUUUCAUGAGUUGCUUGACGAUGAAGAUACAGUAUUACACUUGUGUGUGAAAUAUAACCAACUGGAUGCUUUGAAACUGUUGGUAGAAAUGGUCAAUGAUGAUGAGUUUAUCAGUAAAGCUAAUCGAGAUGGUAAUACCGUCUUGCAUCUAGCGGCCAUGCUCAAGCGAUUCAAGAUGAUAAAGUACCUGAUUUCAUUAUCUAAAGUAAAAAAAAAUGUGAAUUCCAUGAAUAGAAUGGGAUUAACAGCCUUGGAUCUGCUAGAACAAUGUUUCAGAGACUUCAGAAGUCUCGAAAUUCGAGACAUUCUACGAGAAACUGGUGCUAAAAGAGCAGUAGAACUGAAUCACAACCUUCUGAUUCCGACAACAGCACUGACUGUAUCCGGACAAACAUCAUCAAAACGUAAAUCAUGGUUUCAGAAAUGCAUGAAAUACAUACAAUACGAUUUAGAAGAAACACGAGGCGCACUGAUGAUCGUUGCAACUGUAAUAGCAACCAUGACUUUCCAAGCUGCAAUGAACCCGCCAGGCGGUAUUUGGCAACAAACGUACACAAAUUCCGGCGGCAGUCCUGUUUGUUCCGAAACAAACAUAUGCCAAGCCGGAACUUCUGUGUUAGCCUAUACAUACCCAAACGAUUACACUAAUUUCCAGCUAUGGAAUGGUAUUGCGUUUUUUGCAUCGCUAUGCGUGGUAGCUUUAGUUGUUGGUGGAUUUCCUCUGACGAAUAAAUUGUGUGUGUGGCUUCUGGCGCAAGCUAUCGGUAUCACGCUGAUUUUUCAUGCUCAGAGCUAUGUAAUGGGUAUAAUAUUGGUUACUCCGUCGAGAUUAAGAUCAGAAGUGGAAAAAGCGGAUGUGAUCAUGUUUCGAAUUUUGUUAGGGGUGACUUUUUGUGCCUGCAUUAUUGAAUUUCUCCGGUUUUUUGUCUGGACAGCGAAAAGAGUGCGGCAAGGUUGGUGUAGAGUUAAUAAGAUUUUCUACGGAAACUGAAGUAUAUACUUUUAUAGAGCAAUUACCAUUGUUCAAUUUGUUUUAUAUAUAACUGAACUUUUAUUUUUAUAAUAACAAGAGGUUACUUUGUAGCAA